CCACUUUUGAGCCUUCCCAGAGAGAGUUGCCCGUGAACCCUCUCAGAGUUUAGUCCCCAGCGCUCCUGGCGGCGCCGGGGCGGAGCUGAGCUCCAGAUGUCCGGGCGGGCACAGCUGGAGGGUCACGUGGCAGCAGCCCCGGCCCCCCUUCCUGCCAACACUGCAUCUGGCCCAGGCCGGGUCCAUGGCCGCCCUUGGGACCCUGCGCUGAGCCCCGGAAGCCCCGGCGUCCGGGGCCGCGCCGCUCCCAAGGGCCCAGCGUGAGUGUCGGGAUCCCAAGGACUGACGUGGGGGCGCGGGCGCCGGCCACGCGGACAUGAGGCGGAGGCUGCGCCUGCGCGGGGACGCGUCGCUCACGCUGCUCCUCGGCGCCGCCCUCGGCCUCCUACUCUACGCGCAGCGCGACGGCGCGGCCCCAACGACGAGCGCGCCCAGAGCGCAAGGGAGGGCAGCGCCGAGGCCCACGCCCCGGCCCACUCCGGGGCUCCGUGUAUUCCAGGCACCGCAUGCGGGCGCAGCCCCGCCAGCCUACGAAGGGGACACGCCGGAGCCGCCCACGCCCACGGGACCAUUUGACUUUGGCCGCUACCUGCGCGCCAAGGACCAGCGGCGCUUCCCCCUGCUCAUUAACCAGCCGCACAAGUGCCGAGGAGAUGGCACACCCGGCGGCGGACCCGACCUGCUUAUCGCCGUCAAGUCAGUGGCGGCGGACUUCGAGCGGCGCCAAGCCGUGCGCCAGACGUGGGGUGCUGAGGGUCGCCUGCAGGGAAAGCUCGUGCGCCGUGUGUUCUUGCUGGGCGUACCCAGGGGUGGGGGCACAGACGAAGCAGACGCGGAGGGGGCGGGCACGCGAACGCACUGGCGCGCCCUGCUGCGUGCUGAGAGCCGCGCAUAUGCUGACAUCCUGCUCUGGGCCUUUGACGACACUUUCUUCAACCUAACUCUCAAGGAGAUCCACUUUCUGGCCUGGGCCUCGGCUUACUGCCCCGACGUGCGCUUCGCUUUUAAGGGCGACGCCGACGUGUUCGUGCACGUGGGAAACCUGCUGGAGUUCCUGGCGCCGCGGGACCCCGCGCAAGACCUGCUUGCGGGUGACGUGAUCGUGCAGGCGAGGCCAAUCCGCGUGCGGGCCAGCAAGUACUACAUCCCAGAGGCUGUGUACGGCCUGCCUGCCUACCCGGCCUACGCAGGCGGCGGUGGCUUCGUUCUUUCUGGGGCCACGCUGCGCCGCCUAGCUGGCGCCUGCGCGCAGGUUGAGCUCUUCCCCAUUGACGACGUCUUUCUGGGCAUGUGUCUACAGCGCCUGCGGCUCACGCCUGAGCCUCACCCUGCUUUCCGCACCUUUGGCAUCCCCCGGCCUUCAGCCGCGCCGCACCUGCGCACCUUCGACCCCUGCUUUUACCGCGAGCUGGUUGUAGUGCACGGGCUUUCUGCCGCUGACAUCUGGCUUAUGUGGCGUCUGCUGCAUGGGCCGCACGGGCCAGCCUGUGCGCGUCCGCGGCCUGUCGCUGCUGGCCCCUUCCAGUGGGGCCCCUAGCCCCACCUAUCACAGCCCCAGGCUCCACUCAAUCAGACCCAGGAUGUAGUGGGAGUUUGAAGGGGAGGUUUCCCAGGCAGAUUACUGCGGUGUGUGUGGUUCUUCCCCAGAAAGGGGCAGAAGAGUUCAGGAUUCAGCCCCAUAUCACCGAAUGUCUGCCACCACAGGGUCCACAGGGAAUGAAGA